CCGCGGGGAGGAGAGGCGCCGGGCGGGCGGCGGAGCGGGCGGGCGGCUCGGGCGCAGCCGGCGGCCUGGCAUGGGGUCCCCGGGCGGUUGCAGCAGCCCCAGCGCCCGCGGCAGCCUGCAGCACUUGCUCCUCUUCCUGCUCUUCGUUGGACCUUUCAACUGCUUUGCCAGUUACAGCCGUGCCACCGAACUCUUCUACAGCCUCAAUGAGGGGCUGCCUGCCGGUGUGCUCAUUGGCAGCCUAGCCCGUGACCUGCGGCUGCCCACAGCUGGGGGGCAGCGCCCUGCAGCUCCCCAGCCUCCCCUCUCCUUCACCCUGGCUUCUCGUGGCUUGGGAGGACAGUAUGUGCAUCUGGACAACCGCUCUGGAGAGCUACAUACUUCAGCUUUGGAGAUUGACCGAGAGGCUCUGUGCAUGGAGAGCGGUGGAUCCACUGUCCCUGGAGAGGGAGAUACUGUAUCCUUGUCUUCCUCCUCAUCCUCACCUGACUCAUGCCUCCUUCUGCUGGAUGUGCUGGUACUGCCACAGGAGUACUUCCGCCUGGUGAAGGUGAAAAUUGCUAUCCGUGAUGUCAAUGACAAUGCUCCCCGCUUCCCUGUGCCCCACAUCCACCUCUCAGUACCUGAGAAUGCACCUGUGAACACCCGUCUGGCUAUCGAGCACCCUGCUCUUGACCCUGAUGUGGGCACCAAUGGUGUCCAGACCUACCGUCUACGAGAUAACUAUGGUGUGUUCACCCUGGAUGUGGAGGAGAAUGAAAGUGGAGAGCGAACCCCCUACCUGAUUGUCAUGGGGGCUCUGGACAGGGAGACAAGGGAGGAGUAUGUCACAGUCAUCAUUGCUGAGGAUGGGGGCACUCCUCCUCUUGUGGGUAGUGCUACCCUUACUAUUGGCAUCAGCGACAUCAAUGACAACUGCCCCCAAUUCAGUGACACACAGCUCAACAUCACUCUUUAUGGGAAUUCCAGCCUGGGAACACACGUGGCCACUGUCCAUGCAGUAGACCUGGACCUUGGAUCCAAUGCACAAAUCACCUAUUCCUACAGCCAGAAGGUCCCUCAGCCAUCCAGAGAUUUGUUCCAUCUGGAUGAAAGCACAGGAGUCAUCACACUAUCCAGUAAGGUUGAUGGGAACACUCCAAGGCUUCACAGGCUGAUCAUACUGGGCAAUGGUCCUGGUUGUAUCCCUGCUGUUAUCACAGUGCUAGUGACCAUCAUCAAAGUCAUGAUGAGGCCACCUGAAGUUGUCCCUCGUUUCAUAGCUAAUGAAAUGGAAGGAGUGGUAUACUUAAAGGAACUGGAGCCUAUCAACACACCAAUAGCAUUUUUUACCAUCAAAGACCCUGAUGAAAAAUAUAAAGUCAAUUGCUAUUUGGAUGGUGAUGGGCCUUUCAGGCUUUCACCGUACAAGCCAUACAACAAUGAAUACCUGUUGGAGACCACAAAACCUUUAGACUAUGAGACACAGCAGCUAUAUGAAAUCUCUGUAGUUGCAUGGAACUCUGAAGGAUUUAAUGUAAACAAAGUAAUAAAAAUACAAGUUUUGGAUGACAAUGACAACUCACCAAUUUUCUCUCAACAGCUGAUAGAAUUAUCAAUUGAGGAAAAUAACGUUCCCAACGCUUUCUUGACCAAACUGCAUGCUACAGAUGCUGACAGUGGAGAAAGAGGGGAAGUGUCCUAUUUUUUAGGGCCUGAUGCCCCUUCCUAUUUUUCCUUAGAUAAAACCACAGGAGUUCUUACAGUUGCCACUCAGCUGGAUAGAGAAGAAAAAGAGAAAUACAGAUAUACUGUGAAAGCAGUAGAUUCUGGAUUCCCUCCAAGAGAAUCAAUAGCAACUGUCACCAUCACCGUACUGGAUAAAAAUGAUAAUAGUCCAAGAUUUAUCAAUAAGGAUUUCAGCUUUUUUGUGCCAGAAAACUUUCCAGGUUUUGGUGAAAUUGGAGUUAUCAGUGUCACAGAUGCUGAUGCAGGACAAAAUGGAUGGGUUGCUCUUUCAGUUCUGAAUGGAAGUGAUAUUUUUGUCAUAGAUACUGGAAAAGGAGUUUUGAGAGCUAAAGUCUCUCUCGAUAGGGAGCAGCAAAGCUCCUAUGUUCUGUGGAUUGAAGCAGUUGAUGGUGGUGAUCCUGCUUUGUCUUCUACUGCAAAAAUAACAAUCCUUCUUCUAGACAUAAAUGACAACCCGCCCUUGGUCUUGUUUCCUCAGUCCAAUAUGUCUUAUUUGUUGGUUCUUCCUUCUACCCUUCCUGGCUCUCCUAUCACUGAGGUCUAUGCUGUUGACAAGGACACUGGCAUGAAUGCAGUCAUUGCAUACAGCAUCAUAGGAAGAAGAGGCCCCCGACCAGAGUCAUUUAGGAUUGACCCUAAAACUGGUAAUAUCACCUUGGAAGAGUCACUCAUGCAAAAUGACUAUGGUCUGUAUCGGCUACUUGUAAAAGUUAGUGAUCAUGGUUAUCCAGAACCGCUCCAUUCCACUGUCAUGGUGAAUCUUUUUGUCAAUGACACUGUUAGCAAUGAGAGCUACAUUGAAAGUUUGUUAAGAAAGGAGCCUGAUAUCAAUAUAGAAGAGAAGCAGCCACAAAUAUCCGUAGAACCUACACAUAAAAAAAUGGAGUCAGCAUCCUGCAUGCCUACCUUAGUAGCUCUGUCAAUAAUAAGCUUGGGUUCAAUCACUUUAGUAACUGGGAUGGGCAUUUACAUCUGUCUAAGAAAAGGGAAAAAACACCACAGAGCAGAUGAGAACUUGGAAGUACAAAUCCCAUUAAAUGGAAGAAUUAACCUGCACAUGUUGGAGAAGAAACCAGUGGAGAUUUCUAACAUUUGAUAUUUCCUUGUGGAUAAUCCAAAUCAAUAUCUGAGAAACCUUGGACAACUCUGAAACAGCUAGCCGUGGGCUAUAUUGACAGGUUACAGUGAAGGACCGCUAAUUUAUAACUUAAUAUAAUUGUAAAUAGCUGUUUACAAUUUUUUAAACUCAAGUUCAGUGUACAGCUUUUUUAUGGAACCUUAGUACUAACAGCUAGCACCAUGUCUAUAAAAGCAUAGACAUCAUUUGCAGCUUUCAUUAAUCAGUAUGAUCAGAGACCGAAAAAAAAGGGGAAGGUAAGAAUUCUUUAAGCUUAAAAAGUCUUUUUAACCACAAGAGGGCAUCAGACGCUCCAGAGCAGGGAACUGUCCAUGAGAUAAACAGAGUAUAUUUUAAAUAUAUCGGUUUUAGCAUAAAGUACACAUCAGCAUACAGACAGUUACACACACAAGAAGAGAAAUGUCUGUCCUGAUGUAUGUAUAAAUAGAAGAAUAAGAAUAUUAAAAUGCACUAUUAAAAAUAAUAAUAAUAAUAAAAAAAAAAACAAACAUAAAAAAACGGAAUGUUUAUUACCUCAUAAGUAAAGCUUACACAGUAGGAUAGAAAAGGCAUUAACAAGAAGUGCAAUUCCUGUUGAGAAAGAAUGCAAGAUACUGUAAUGAGAAUCGGAACUGCUGUGACAUUCCAUCUUUCAUUUGCUCCAGAUUUCACCCACAUUAUCAUUUGUUCCAGCAGUAUGCUGGUCAUUUCUAUGAAAAAUUAUAUUUAAUGUUUCCUACAGGAAAUAAAGACAAAAGCCCAUGAUCAUCCUCAUAAACAUGCCAGAUGCAGGGAAGCAAGGGAAUGGCUGAAUCUUUCAUUAUCACAGAAGUAACACUUUUUGUACUUUGAGCAAUGUCGGUAGUACUCCAUCAGUUUGGUUGUGCAAUAGAUUUUUCAUGUGAUAUUUCUGAAUCUGAUCUGCCAGACGAAAACAAAAAAAUCUCUUCAUAUUCUAGAGAAUUAUAGGACUUAGUUUGUACUGACUGUUGCUCCUUUCUGGAUUGGUAUUUCAUGUGAAAGAUCUUAUUUCUGACUUUUGGCUACCAUUCCUGGCUCCUUUUCAUUGGCUUUGAUUUUGGAUUAGAUCCAAAAUCUGACUUGUCAGACUGGUGGCAUAUUUUCUUGAUAAUUUAUUCUUUGCUGCACCCUCUGCAGCAAAGCAGCAGGUUUAUCAGUGAUGUCUCACUUUCACUUAGUUUUGAGAGCUGAAAACUAUCUUUUGUAUGAUGAUUACAUCAGAUUUCUGUGUGAACAAGGUAAAUUAGUGUUAUGCUUAAAACUGAUUAUUUUGAUUUCUGGCAUCAUAUGUCUGUAAUGUACCAAAAGUGUUUAUAUGUCUGUAAAUUAAAGCUAUAUAUUUUCUUAA